AAUAACAGGGCGGGGCGGGACAGAACGGGUGAGAAGUAGAUACACAUGCUCCGCCCAUGCUACUACGGGUGGGGUAAUACCCGCCUUAUUGCAAAUCAGGUCGGUAACACCCCACGGGGCGGGUUCAAAUUGGCAGCACUAAUUGGACAUGUCUUCUGGCCGGUUGGAGUUUGAUGGAGGUUGGGCCAAAUCCAUUACAGUUUGGUCAGAAGCGGCCGGAUACAGUAACCGGAUAUGUCCACAUCCAAAUAGGUCCAGCCCAAACAAGAAGCAAUUCUUUAUUAUUUACCAUUUUUAAUUUCUUUUGUUUUCUUUUUUUCAUCUUUCCGAAAGUGGGCAGAGCAACGAAAAGAGAGCGAAGGUUGACACAGCAAACCGGGAAAAUUUCGAUCACCGGAACGUUAAAGGUGUCAGUUUCAGAGUUCUUUUGACCUCCGACAAUCAUUCCUGUUCUCCGGCGAUGGUCGCCUCUGAAGAUAGGUAAGUAAUUUCUAUGGUUUCCGAUUCUCAGCUCCAAUUCUAGCUGCUGCUUAUGUUACUCUCCUCUUAAAUCUCGACCUAACUCGAUUAAAGGAGAAGAUUUGAUACUGUUUCUUUGUUGGCCCUAAUUUAUUCAGAUUUGGACGAUCGCUGCGAUAAAGCUUGGAGAGGUGUUGUUCAGCUGCUAAAAGGACGCAAAGAGAAAAGGAAAGAAUUUGCUUUUCAGUUUCAAGUUUCUUGUGAGUUUAUAGUUCGCGUUCUGAGUUGCUAGGGGAACAAAAACACAAGAGAAUGGUGCUGGUUUUAGCUAUAGGGGACCUUCACAUACCCCAUAGGGCGGCCGAUCUGCCUCCAAAGUUCAAGUCCAUGCUUGUUCCUGGCAAGAUUCAACAUAUCAUCUGCACUGGCAAUCUCUGUAUUAAAGAAGUGCAUGAUUACUUGAAGAGUCUGUGUCCUGAUUUGCAUAUCACCAGAGGUGAAUAUGAUGAAGACUCCCGCUAUCCGGAGACCAAGACGCUCACCAUUGGACAAUUCAAGCUUGGAAUAUGCCAUGGCCAUCAGGUUAUUCCUUGGGGAGACUUGGAUUCACUAGCCAUGCUGCAGAGACAACUCGAUGUGGACAUCUUAGUGACCGGUCACACACAUCAAUUCAAAGCCUAUAAACAUGAAGGUGGUGUAGUUAUCAAUCCAGGCUCGGCCACUGGUGCUUACAGUAGCUUCACCUAUGAUGUGAACCCAAGCUUUGUGCUGAUGGACAUCGACGGUCUACGUGUUGUGGUGUACGUAUAUGAAUUGAUUGAUGGUGAGGUCAAGGUCGACAAGAUUGAUUUUAAGAAGACCGCCAAUCCUCGGUGAUUACACAUGCUGAGAAUGUAGCUUGAAUCCCAUGUUAUGUACCCGAAGGAAGCAAUUAUAUGCUUAUUGCUGGAUCCUGGCGCCACAUUUGAAUGGAUAAAGACGUGUACCUUACUUUUGAUGUUUGUUCGCUCAUUGUUCCUGAGUUUUUUAGACCUUGAUUAGGGUUUCAGCGGCGUGGCGUGUAGCUUCGUAUUUUGCAUUCUCUUUUGUUUCCUCGGUGUGUAGCUUUUAUUCAGUGUGUUUGGCAGAGUAAAAGUACUCGGUUCUUUCAAAAUAAUAUGUUUGGCUGGUGAAAGAGGAUGUAUCAUUUGAUACUUGUUAUAUCAAUUAUGCUGCUCUUUAACGUCGCCGUCUUAACUUCGGUAUCCCCCUCCACUACAUAUAUGCCUCCUCUCGAUUUGUAGUUGCGUUUGAUUUUAUCGGCAAAUCGCUUUCUGCUACGCAAAUCGCAUUCCAAUUGUCGAAAUCAGUUGAUGUAUCUCUGUGCCGGCACCGUCUUCGCUCUUCGCUCGUCAUUCCAUCCAUUAUGCCAUUAUUGCUGCAAUUUCUGGCAAAGUCGCCUCUCCACAUUUCAUCUUAGUUGAAAAUCAUCAAUGUUUUCCACUUUCGACGACCUAAACCUGCAACUUUCAGGUAUGCGUUCUACUACCAUUUGAGAUCUGGUAGAAAAUCACCUAUGUUUUCCAAUUCUGAGGACCUAAACCAGUAGCUUUCAGUUAUGCAUUCUGCUACCAUCCAAGAUCUGGUUCAAAUUCUACUAUUUUCACUCUCACUCUGCACUAUGAUAUUUCUGACGUUGUAUUUUUCUAGUAUGUAUUUUUCUAGGAGAUUAGUUUUGUUGUUUGAGUUUGUUUUAUUGUUUAUGGUAUGCAGUGUGUUGUUUUGUGGUUUGUCUAGAGUUUCUGGACUCUGGUAUACAUUGUACUGUUUUGUGGUUUGGGCUCUCUUGUUUGUGGUGUUGUUUUAGAAAAUUUGUGGUAUGCUUUAGGGUGUUUCUGGUUUGCAUAAAGAGGUUUUUGGUUGCAUUUCUAGGUUUUUUUAUUUGUAUUAGAAGCUUCAGUGUGCUUUAGAAAUAUUUUGCAUGACAACAUUGUGGAAUGCUUCGUGUUCUAGUUUGCAUUAAUAAAUAUAAGGUCUGCAUUAGAAUGUUUUUUGGUUGGAUUAUUAGAUUUGUGCUUAAGAAAUACUUGCAUGCUUUGUUGAAGAUGUUGUGUGCUUUAGGAGUUUUUAUGGUAUGCUUCGAUUUGCAUUAGGAGGUUAUAGUCUUUCUCAUGUCUCUGGUGUGCUGGAGGUUGCGGUCUUUCGUAUGUUUUUAGUAUUUUUAGUUUGGAUUACGUUGUUUUUUUGUUUACGUUUGGAGGUGACUACUUUAUGGUAGGCUUUGGUAUGCAUUAGAGGUUCUGGACUUUCUCAUGUUUUUGGAGUGUUGGAGGAUAUUUGUCGUAUGUUUUAUAGUGUUUUUGGUUGGGGCCAUGUUCUUUGUUUGUUUAAGUCCGGAGGUGUCUACUUUUCAUUCUACGUGUUCUCGAAUACAUUGAUUGCAUAAUUUUUAGUUUGCAUUUUGUCUUGCAGAAAAGUUGUCUACAAAUAAUUGUGCAAUAAAUGAAAAGGGAAAGAAAUUCCUUGCUGUCGAGAAGGAAAAAUCAGAGAGAGCAAAACAGCCACCUAAGAAGAGAAAGUUGCAGAAUGAAGAUAAUGAGGAUGG